CGAGCGCUCCGGGGUGGACGAGAAAAUGGUACGGACUGAUUUCAUCAGAGGAUUGUCAGAUUCUCAUCUGCGGAAGAAGAUCCGCAAGAAAUGCAACCCUAUAGAACAUACCCUGACGGAGCUAAUCCAGUACGCAAUUAAGUACGGGAAAGAAAAUAACGAUGUGGGUCUGGACUCAGAAUCCGACGAAGAUGACCCUUUGGGUGUUCGACGCAAUAGCUACUCCGCUACGGCACGAAUGUUCACAGAUCGCUUCGGGUUGGGUCCGGCAAAAAAAGGCGUGGACCGGAAAGCUUCUUCCUCUGCUUCGACCUCACGUCGCUCUAGUCAAGCACAAGGAGGUCGGGGUGAGGAAGAAGUGUCCAUAAAAGAGGUCGCGGCCCAAUUAGUUACGGUAGUGGUCCCGCUGACGGAGUUCGUUCAGGCCCUGCAGCGGCAACGCCUAGCCGCCGCACAACGGCAACAAGCGGCUAUGGCCGCCGGGGCCCCUAUGAUAAGACCGACGGUGGCCAGGGCUGUCCCGCCCCUACGCUGUUAUAACUGUAAUCAGCCAGGUCACCUUGCGAAAGAUUGUCCGAAACCUCGAACUCAGGGUGGGCCCGCUGGGCCUUCCCAAAUCCCGCUAGCUGCUCCAACCAUUGCAGGACAAGGGACGGUGGCCACGGUGAUGGAUACCGGGGCAACGGAAAUGGUGACCCCUGCGGCCACCGAGAUAGGGCCCGAUGAAUACAUGGCUGCGGCGAUGUUCGAACCCGGGACCAUCGGAGUGAUACGUCAAGUCCAACGGAUUACCGAGGAAAGCGACCUCGGGUCGUGGCGACCAGGGUUCGAAGACCUUGCGGCACCUAGUCCUGAAUACAAGGAUGGUCAUAUCGACGUAUUGGAUGCCUUGAAGGCUCUGGAUCUACGGAUCCCCAUCCCUAUUCUCUAUCUGCUAACCAUUUCCGAAGCGGCUAACGAAAAGUUGAUCGAACGAUGCCUCAAAAACAGGCGUCGGUUCGAGGAAAGUCGAAAGGGCAAAAAGCCGGUCCUACAGGACCUACCCGCAAACGAGGAGUCGCAGCCCUUGACCUCAAAGCUCACGGAGGGCCCUUAUCCCAUGCACGAGUUCGCGGAGUAUUUGGUGGAACUUACUGACGUGGAGCCGCUGCCCUUCGCCGACGAAGACGCGUGGGAGUUGCACCGUGUGCUGAACAAGUCGGUGGCGCUGGGGAUGUUCCAGUUCUUCGUGGAUCACGAAGACCAUUGCAUCGGGGAGCACUUCGUCGUCUACUACGUCAUCACACGGCCCAAGCCAGCGGAGAAGGAAGGGACGAUGGCGCUGUACCCAUUCGCCCAGCUCCAAACGAUCGAUCCGGGAUUGUUGGAGCUGUUGGAGCUCAUACAUCUUGAGCUCCUCUCCAUUGCGCAAGUGAUCGCGAGCGAGGAGGAGGAGAUCCAACCACGAUUGCGGACGGCGACGGCCCCACGGAGAAUGUACAACGCGGUCGUCAUCCCGGAUUACAUUGCGCAGCGCGCAGAGAGGCUGGAGGACUUCCCGGAGGAAAAGCCGUUGCGACCUCCCUCGUCGUAUCUUCGAUCGGCGCCACCGAAGGCCCCCAAGAAGACGCCGAAGAGGAAGAGACGCCACCCGUCGCCAAGAACGCAAGGUAGCAGGAUCGGUGGCGGCGAGGAGGUGAUUCAGCCCGCGCGCACGCGGAAUCCUGACCCCGUGCCUGGGAGUGCGGCGACGCCCCUAAAGGAGACUGUCGUGCCAUCGCCGCCCUUUCCGCGUGUGCCCGAUCUCAAUCUUGAUGGAGCCGGGUCAUCAUCAGCAGCAGCAGCCGGAGGAGGAAGCCGAAUGGGAUUUCCGGAUCCCAUAUCCAGACCCCCCGUCCUCGCGGGACCUCUCCGUUCCCGCCAGCCACCCCGGGGUGCCCCGGUCAUUGACAUUAGUAGUUCCUCCGAGCCGGACGGUCCAUCUGACAGAGGUGGACUUCAUGGUGGAGCCCGCCACCAUCAGGCUCGAGGCCAUCGCGGGGGCGCCACGCCCUGAUCCGGCCUGGCAGCCACAUCUGACACCCCCUUUUCAAGGGUGUAUUGCGGCGCGACUGAUUGGGACGCUCAUCUACGAGACCGGGCAGCAUCCCAAUG